AUGUUGUCCCGGUGGUUGGUACUCGCACUCGCGCAGGGUGUCUGGGCCAACAUUGAGGACGAGCGGUGUGUGACGGCUGUCUACACGGCGUACAACUACAUAUCUUUUGCUGGCCUUCCUACGACAGGGAAAGGAAGAUGGGAAUCGAGUUGCCGUAAUCCGCUCAAAGUCGCAUCGAUAUACGCUGCAUCCGAGAUAUAUUGCAAUGAGCGGGAACGGGAGAUAGGCCUAACCCAGCUGGCCGACCAGUGUCAAGAAUUUGGGCACCUAGAGCUGCUGCCGAGAGAAGCGGUCGCCGAAAAUUUGACAGAGGAUGCAAUAAGAAAUAUGAAAACGGUCGACUAUCAAGAGUUGCCCCGAGGCGACCCAGCAAAUACGCCUGUUCUGCUGUCCGCAUCUUACUUUGGUCUGAUGUUCAAUACGCUUGAUUCUUGGGCAUUUGAAACUUGGUCACAUCAUGCAUUUGGUUAUGUCGGGUACGCGUAUUGGGGUGGCAUACUGUCCCUGGGGAUGGUAUAUCGCUUGAGCGAUUGGUUAUUCCACCGCCAACAACGUCGUGCAGAGCGUGCACUCGAAUCUAAUGUGUACCCUCUGGUAAAGUUGUUAGAAAAUAUCCCGUUCGUGGGGACGGGUCUUCACUGGAUCCAGACUCAUCUGAUGAUCCCAGCGCCUUUAGCAACAACACAUGGUCGGCACCUGCUAGGCUUCACAUUCUCCACCAGAGUCGAGGCGCUUAUAGUCGUGGGAUUUUGGAUGAUCAGCAUCGUAUUGAGUGUCGUGGGAUAUCGCACUUUCCCCGAAAAUAUUUACUGGCCCGAUGUCCCAAGCCAGAUCCUGCGCUAUUCAGCAGAUCGUACUGGGAUCAUGUCAUUUGCGAAUUUGCCCCUUUUAUGGCUAUUUGGGGGACGAAAUAAUAUCUUCCUGUGGGCCACCGGAUGGAGCUUUGCAUCGUUCAAUAUAUUCCAUCGUCAUGUGGCCCGGGUGGCUACUGUACAGGCAAUCGUACACUCUAUCCUUUACUUUGUCAUGUUUAUCCAAACAGGCAAAGCUUGGAGGGGUAUGUCCAAGACCUAUGUUUUGUGGGGCAUUUUGGGCACAUUCGUGAUGAUUUUGCUGUUGAUCACCUCAUUGGAUCGAAUUCGCAUUGCGACAUAUGAGCUCUUCUUGAUUGCUCAUGUCGUGCUUUCGGUUCUCACUCUUAUAGCGUGCUUUUACCACACGGUUGUGUUUGAAGGGAACGAAUACUGGAAGUACCUGUGGCCCUCGGUAGCUAUAUGGGUCAUUGAUCGCUUCCUUCGAAUUGUGCGGCUAUGUUACUGUAAUCUUCAUGUGAGUAUUUCAAACAGAAGAAUUGUGAAGAUUUCUGCGAGCCGCAUGGUUUACGACGAAACGGCCGACGUGGUGCGGUUAGAAGUCACACCAGGAAUGCCUUCACUACAACCCUCACCAGGACAGUACUACUUUUUAUAUCAGCCAUUUCGGUUUUCCGGCUGGGAGAGCCAUCCGUUUACCAUUGGAGCUUGGUCUUACGAAAUAGGGGAUCGGACGUCAUUGGCACCGCCAUCCGAAGGAAAUCUGAUCAAAUCGCUUGAUGUUUCGAAUGUGCCUCUUCUUGCAGGCGGUGCCUCCGAUCGAGAUUACCAAGGCAACUCAGAAAGUGGCUCUUCGAGGGGAGAAGAAUCGUUGAAGUUGAAGUUAAAAUUGACCUUCUGGGUCCGCCCGUAUGAUGGUUGGACCAAACAGUUGCGCCAGCAAUGUCUGGGCUCACCAGCCAAGACAAGCGAAGCAACAAUCCUUCUUGAAGGUCCUUAUGGAGAAACCUUUCCACUAUGGAAGUAUGAAUCGGUCUUGAUAAUCGUCGGUGGGACGGGAAUAGCGUCGGCUGUGCCUUAUAUUCAAGACCAUCUCCGCCGGUCUGUUGAAGACUGGAAUGGACGGCUUGAAAAUGAGAAAACACGAGUACGAGACAUGGAGCUUGUUUGGACUACUAAACAGGCGGCAUUCAUUCGAGAUGUCUCUCGCCGAGAACUGAAAGAAGCCCUUAAACGGGAGGACUUCAGUGCCUCUUUCUAUGCAACGCGUGAUUCCACCGUAUCCUCUGAAGAUCCUACCGAUUCUGGAUUCGAUAUCCAGUCAGAUCGACCCCAUCUUCAAUCCCUGAUCAUGAGCCGGGCCAGCGAUGCAUGCUCAGCCGGUACUAGCCUUGCGAUCCUCGUAUGUGGCCCACCCAGAAUGGCGGAUGAAGCACGCGCCGCGACACAUCUUGCGAUGCGACAAGGCUACCGCUCUAUUAAAUUCGUGGAGGAGUCUUUUACGUGGUAG